AUGGAGAAGGAGGUAAUCAGGGCCUUAGAAUCAUUGGACCUUAAGAAAUCCAGAGUUCAGAAGGGCAGAUUCGGUGAAUCAUAUGUCGUAGAUAACUCAACGGGAACUAAAUAUAUUAUGCCAACGAAGAGGCCAGAUGGUACUGUGAGGAAGGAGAUAAAAGUAAGACCAGGAUAUGUUCCGCCGGAGGAACGGCAGGUAUAUAUUCCAGUUCACAAGAGGCAAAGUAAUAAAUUAAACGAUGAAAAGCCAGUAGUACACAAAGAUCCAAAGAUCAGUAAACCUGAUGAGUCAACCAAGCCUACAAAAAAUGCAAAACCGGAGCAUACUGAACAGAAACCUGUAAAACCUUACGCAAAAAAUAUGAAAUUUAAAAAUAAGCCCAGGGGGCCUAAGCCAAAACCGAAAGCUGGUGUAAGUAAAACAGAUUCGGAAGCGUUGAAAGUUGAGUCAAAGGCAUCAAUAACCCAGACCAAUGACCCAAAUGAAGUGGAUAUGUCAACCAAGGCUGAAGGCGAAGUUUUGCCAGAGGGCAGUAAAACGUCACAGAAAAAAGAAAAUGAUAUUAACGACAAGAGAUUCAAAAACAGGUUUGCCAUCGACUAA